AUGGCACCCCAGGCACAGCAAUUCCAGAUGGAAGACUUAUUAAUACCCCUCAGAAAAAUUGCAAAGAAAAACAAGAGUAAGAACAAAAGGAAACAACUUCAAAGGAAGGAAGCAGCGAUGACCCGCCAGCCAUUCCGUGCCAGGGACACCUCAUCAGCCACUCCACGCCAGGCACGGUACGCCAGGCUCAGCACACCAAGCAGGACACGCCAGGCACGGCACGCCGGGCACGGCACGGCAGGCACAGCACGACAGGCACAACACACUAAGCAAACCAAGCCGGGCAAACCGUACCAGGCACAGCACACCAGGCGAACUAAGUCAGGCACCGCACGCCAGGCGCACCAUGCCAGACACGAUAUGCCAGGCACGGCACCGCAGGCACAACACGCCAGGCACGGCAUGCCAGGCACGGCACCGCAGGCACAACACGCCAGGCACGGCAUGCCAGGCACCGCACCGCAGGCACAACACGCCAGGCACGGCAUGCCAGGCACGGCACCGCAGGCACAACACGCCAGGCACGGCAUGCCAGGCACGGCACCGCAGGCACAACACGCCAGGCACGGCAUGCCAGGCACGGCACCGCAGGCACAACACGCCAGGCACGGCAUGCCAGGCACGGCACCGCAGGCACAACACGCCAGGCACAGCACCCAGGGCACAACACACCGGUCACACCAUGCCAGACUCGGCACACCAGGCUCAGCACACCAGGCAAACCAAGCCAGACACAGCACGACAGGAGUGCCACGCAAGGCACACCACGCCGGGCACAGCAUGCCAGGCAAACCGCACCAGCCACAGAACACCAGACACGCGACAGCGGGCAAACCACACCAGCCACAGUAUGGCAAGCACACCACCUCAGGCGCAGCGCAGCUGGCCCAGAACGCCAGACAAGGCAAGUCAGGCCCACGCAAAGUCUACACUUGUUUUAAGGUGGUAGCAAUCUGCUCUGCUUGGGAAAAGCCAUUCUGA